AUGAUACCAUCCAGUCUCCAAGAAGUUCCUAAUUAUAUGUUCAAAGGCUGUACAAAACUCCAAUCAGUCGAACUUGAUUAUGGAAUGUUUGGAAUUGGUGAAGGUUCGUUCAUGGGCUGUGAAUCUUUGUCAGAGAUCACAGGUGACACUUUAAGUCUUUAUAACUUGGGUGCAGCUGCUUUUUCAGGAUGUAAAAGUUUAACUUCUUUUGGAGAUUGGCCAUAUGAGAUAUAUUCAAUGCCAGACAGAUUCUUUGAAGAUUGUUCAAGUCUAGAUUUCACAAUACCUACAGAUGUUUCGCUUGGUUCUAAAUCAUUGAAAGGAAUGAAAUUUACUGAAUUAGAUUUAUCAGGAGUUCCAAGUUUCAUGGAAGAUACAUUUGACAAUUGCAAUAAUCUCCAAAAAGUGACGGUUAAAAUCUCUAACAUGCAAUCUUUGACAAGAUCUCCUUUUGCAUUAUGUUCUAAUCUUGUUGAAGUCAAUUUGAUUGACAAUAAUGUUGUGAAAUUAUAUAAGAAUUUCCUGAAGGAUUGUCAUGCACUUGAAAAAGUGACAAUCACUUCAUCUCAUGUUAAUUCAAUUGAUGAAACAUUUUUCUUAAAUUGUGAUAAGCUGAAAACGGUCGAAAUAACAGUUACAGAAGUAUUAGAUGCUAUUACAUUUGGUUCUGAGUUAUUCAGUACUUGCACUGCAUUAGAAACCGUCAAAAUCAAAGCAAUACAAGUAGUAAUCAGUAACGAUCUCUUCAGCAGGAAUUCGCACUUAAUAGAGUUCGAUUAUGAAGGAACAGGAAUCAAUUUUGGAAAGAAUGUUUUUGCAAACACAAAACUGCAAAUUUUGAAUGUCAAUUCUCCAACAUCAACAUUCACAUUUAAAGAAGGAACAUUUGAUAAUUGCGAAGAGCUUACAACUGUUCAUUUAACUACGAAAGAUUUACAUUUAGAGAAUAAUUUAUUCAAGAACAAAGCCAAAUUAAAUGAUUUAGUAAUUGUAGCUCAACAAGUUUCAUUUGGAGAUUAUUGUUUCUUCGGAUGUUCUCUUUUAACUAAAAUAGAAAUGAAUUUUUACAUUAAUAUCAUUGGAAAACAUUGUUUCCAAAAUACAUCUUUGACAUCAUUCAAAAACAAAUUAAACGUAAUUCUGAUUGAUGAAUGGGCUUUCGCAGGAUUAUAUACACUCAAAGAAUUCAUUUGCGAACAAACAAUUAAAACAAUAAAUGCAAAAGCUUUCUUUGAUUGCAGAUAUAUGACACUUUUCCAUGUUACUCACUUGUUCCAGAGUUUGGGUGAUUAUUGCUUUGAAGAUUGCAUCUCUCUCCAGAACAUGAGUAUAAAUGCUGAAGUUUUAACACUUGGAAAAUACUGUUUCAGAAAUUGUGAUACUUUACAAAAUGUCACGUUUAUAGUUGAAGGAAAAAUGACAUUAAAUAACAACAUAUUUGAGAAUUGCGAUUUGUUAGAGACAUUCUAUCUUUCUGCUUCUCAAUUAGUAUUAGGUGAUGAAUUAUUCAAAUAUUCUUCAAAGCCAUUAACUGUUACAUUAAUUUCGGAUGAUUUAGUUUUUGACAGAAAUUCAUUUGCUUCGUCAACAAUUGCUCAUUUAACAAUAGAUACAAGAAAUGGUGCUUUGAACAUGCCAAAGAAUUUGUUUGAACAAUCUAAUGGUUUGCAAACAUUGAAGAUUACUUCAAAGAGUGUUAAGGGUGCACACGAGAGGAUCAUGUAA